GACUCCGGAGGAACCUGGGAGGGUCGAGGGUUUCCGAGGCUUUGCACCUUCUGUAGGGUUUCUGUAGUACCGUGUUUUCAGAGGCUGGGAGUGUGCCUUAUCCUGCAGGUCUUAUCAAAACCUCCUUCCCUGACCCAGGGCCUGGUUAGCCGGAGGACUGGUCCCCGGUGACCCUAGAGAGGCAGAGACCUACUUGGGCCUGCUGAGGCCUCCACUACCCCCCCCCCCCCCAGGGGCACGGUCUGCCUGCGAUCAGUGGCCAGGGCCUCAGGCCCUCGGGUCCAAGUCCCUGCCCUGCCCCACCUUUUGUCAGAAGAUUUCUUUACCAGCUGGCCCUUCCUGAAAUGUUUCCUGGCCUUGGGGCUUUAAAACCAGAGCUCCUGGAUUCACCACCCGGAUCCAGAGAACGGCCACCAGGAUCAUGUGGUACAUCAGCACUCGGGGGAUGGCCCCACGGGUCGACUUUGAGGGGGCCCUCUUCUCUGGCUAUGCUCCCGAUGGAGGUCUCUUCAUGCCCGAGGAGCUCCCACAGCUGGGCAUAGAGACCCUGCGUCACUGGAGUACGCUCUCCUACCCCAGCCUGGUUAAGGAGCUGUGCACCCUCUUCAUUGGUCCUGAGCUCAUUCCAAGACAUGUCUUAAACGUUCUGAUCGACCAAGCCUUCUGCAGAUUCCGCCAUAAAGAGGUGGUCCAUCUGUCCAGGCUGAGGAAUGGACUGAACGUGUUGGAGCUGUGGCAUGGGGCCACGUACGCGUUUAAGGACCUGUCCCUGUGCUGCACAGCCCAGUUCCUGCAGUACUUCCUGGAGAAGGAGAAGAAGCACGUCACUGUGGUUGUAGGAACAUCUGGGGACACAGGAAGUGCUGCCAUUGAGAGUGUUCAAGGAACAAAGAACAUGGACAUCAUCGUUCUGCUGCCCCAGGGUCACUGCACGAAGAUCCAAGAGCUCCAGAUGACCACGGUGGUGAGGGAGAACGUCCAUGUGUUUGGAGUGGAGGGCAACAGCGAUGAGCUUGAUGAGCCAAUCAAGGCCGUGUUUGCUGACGUGGCUUUUGUCAAGAAGCACAAUCUGAUGAGUCUGAAUUCCAUCAACUGGUCCCGGGUCCUCGUGCAAAUGGCCCACCACUUCUUCGCUUACUUCCAGUGUGCGCCAUCCUUAGACACGUACCCCCUGCCCCCCGUGGAGGUGGUUGUGCCAACAGGGGCUGCCGGUAACCUUGCAGCUGGGUGCAUUGCUCGGAAGAUGGGCCUGCCCAUCCGCCUGGUCGUGGCAGUGAAUCGUAAUGACAUCAUCCAUAGGACUGUGCAGUGGGGAGACUUCUCUCUGUCCAAGGCCAUCGAACCAACCUUGGCAUCAGCUAUGGACAUUCAGGUGCCCUACAACAUGGAGAGGAUCUUCUGGCUGCUGUCGGGCUCUGACAGCCAGGGAACAAGAGCCCUCAUGGAGCAGUUUGAAAGGACCCAAAGCACGAGUCUACCCAAGGAAUUGCACAGCAAGCUUUCAGGGGCCGUGACAUCUGAGUCGGUGUCGGAUGAAGCCAUCACCCAGACCAUGGGUCGCUGUUGGGAAGAGAACCAGUACCUGCUGUGCCCUCACUCGGCAGUGGCCGUGAGUUACCAUUACCAGCAGACGAACAAGCAGCAGCCCAGCCUUCCCCGGUGCUGUCUGGCCCCCGCCUCUGCAGCCAAGUUCCCAGAAGCUGUCCUGGCUGCAGGGCUGGCCCCAGAGACCCCUGCGGACAUCCUAGCCCUGGAGUUCAAGGAGACGCGCUGCACCCCGAUGCGGAAGGGUGACGACUGGACGCUGAUGCUUCGGAACACCAUUGAGGGCCUGAGCUGGCAGCAGAGGCCUCAGUCCUGAAUGCUCCGGAAUAGCCAGGCUGGAUUUGACUUGAGUCAAGUUGCUCUGUUGCUCUUGUAUCAGGGUCCCCUGUUCUAUGAACCCAGGGCAGGUGUCAGAGCACCACUAAAUGAAGUCCAAAUGCCUGCAUUUCCAUAGGUACCUCCAUAACCAUGCUGCCCCGGAGAAUCACACUGUCCUUUCCUCUGAAAAUAUGACUCACCCUCUCCCCUCUCCAUGCCUUCCACCCUGCCUUUGCCUCUGGAAGACUGUCCUUCUUUGAUGCGUCUUGGUUCCUGCAAAUUGUUUACUGCGGAGUUGUCCCUCAUGAGCCCAGAUGGAAAUAAGGGCUCCUGAUUCUGGCAGAACAUCAACAGUAGCUUUCCUAAGGCGUGUAUUCCCUUCUACCCUGUUUUAUUCGCUCGACAUUAGACAUUAUCUCCCCGUCUCAAAGCUUCAUGAAGACAAGAACCACUGUUUAACACUAUGGGCUGAAACCUUUUGGGUUUGCCCCUAUUGAUCAAAACAUUUUUAAAAUUGUUCUCCCGACAUGUGUAUACUAAAUUAUAUAUAAACUACACAAACCAUAUGCUAAAAUAGGAAUGAAGGACUAAUGAUAAAAACCUACAUUGAUCUUUCCUCCCCAUACUCCAGUGACUUGUCUUGUGGACCCAUCUUUGGCAGUCCUAACUGAGCUUAGUGUCUGGUGCAUUCCAUAACCAGCAGGAACCAGCAUCCCUGUGAUUCCCCAUCUGUCUGAUGACUGUGUGAUGGUUCUCAAAGUGUGGCCCUUGGGUCUCCUCAAAAUGCACACUCUGGCUGCCGUCACAGGUGAAUCUCUGGGUAUGGGAUGGACAUCAUCUGCAGUUCUUACAAAUUUCCUGAGUAAGUCUUCUGUGCACUCCAGUUUGGGAAACCCUGGCUGGGAGUUUAAGUUGAUAAGUAAUUCCUUGUUUAUCAAUUACGAGGUGUACUUUAUUUUCACAAGGGCAUGCUUUAUGGCUCCUACUGUUUCCAUAAUCUAGCCUUGCACUGUCAAAUUCAGUAGUUACUAGCCACACGUGACUCUGAGCACUUGAAAUGUGAACAGUACAACUAAAGAACUGAGUUUUUAAUUUCUAAAAAUUUUAAUUAAUUUACAUUUAAAUUUUAAAACUAUUACUCGAUUCAGUUAUUAAAAAAACUUUUAAGUAUGGUUGGAAAAAUGCAGGUAUUUGAAUCUGCUUUUUUAGCUGUAAAUUUUCUGAAGUCUAAAUACAGGUAAGUAUUUCCAAUGAAAAUUGAGUGUUCUAAUUGAAAUAUAUAUGUGUGUGUAUAUAUAUAUAUAUUAUGUAAAAUAUACAUUGGAUUUCAAAGACUUUGAAAGAAAUCUGAAAUAUCUCAGGAAUAACUUUAUAUUGAUCACAUGUUGGAAAGACAAUAUUCGGAUGUAUUAGGUUAAA